GUUCUAUGGAGAUUUGACGGCAAGAAACCAGAUACCUUAGGGCCAAAUACUCGGCUCUAUAAGUGGAUCCCCCAGAAUGACAUUCUUGGUCAUCCAAAAACCAAAGCCUUUAUAACUCAUGGUGGAACCAAUGGCAUCUAUGAAGCGAUCUAUCAUGGGAUCCCUGUGGUGGGCAUCCCUAUGUUUGCAGAUCAACCUGAUAACAUUGCUCGCAUGAAGACCAAGGGAGCAGCUAUCAGAAUGGACUUCAACACCAUGUCUAGUGCAGAUUUGCUCAAUGCAUUGAAAACAGUCAUUAAUGACCCAUCGUGAGUACCACAAUUUUAAUUGU